CGAAGCUGCCUGGGAGCCUCUUCGAGGAGGAACUCCUCUCGGGCGCAGACGCUCAGAAUCAGGUGCUCUCCAGCAGGCUCUGGGAGCAAGGAACCCUCCAGGACUCAGCAUCUCCUGCAAGGCUUCUUUGAGCAUUAAUCAAGGGAUUUACUGCUUCGUGUGACCACGAGCAACUCUGGAAUAACCUCAGCACUGCACUGGGAUUUUUUUUUCUUUCCUUUUUACCUUUUUUUUGCCCCCUAAACUCUGCAGUCAGCCACCUUUAAGGUCAAGAUGUUAUUAAGCAUAAAAAAUAUUUUAUGGAUGUACUCUACGUUGGGUGUAAUACAUGCAGUACGUGAAGUUAAAGUGGAGAAAAGUCCUCCUGUAAAGGGAUUCCUUUCUGGAAAAGUCAUCCUACCUUGCCACUUUUCAACUAUGCCCACCUUGCCACCCAGUUACAAUACCACAAGUGAAUUUCUUCGUAUCAAAUGGUCAAAGAUUGAACAGGAUAAAAGUGGAAAAGAUUUGAAAGAAACUACUGUUCUUGUGGCCCAAAAUGGGAAUAUCAAGAUUGGUCAGGGCUACAAAGGGAGGGUGUCAGUGCCUACCCAUCCAGAGGAUGUGGGAGAUGCUUCGCUUACCAUGGUCAAAUUGCUUGCAAGUGAUGCAGGUCUUUACCGCUGUGAUGUUAUGUAUGGAAUUGAAGACACACAGGACACUGUGUCAUUGGCAGUAGAUGGGGUUGUUUUUCAUUAUCGAGCUGCAACCAGCAGGUAUACUCUGAAUUUUGAGAGGGCUCAGCAAGCUUGCUUGGAAAAUGGUGCUGUAAUAGCAAACCCCGACCAGCUAAAAGCUGCAUAUGAAGAUGGAUUUGAGCAAUGUGAUGCAGGCUGGUUGUCUGACCAAACUGUGAGAUAUCCCAUCAGAGCACCCCGAGCUGGCUGUUACGGAGAUAUGAUGGGAAAAGAAGGAGUCAGAACAUAUGGCUUCCGUGCUCCUCAUGAAACCUAUGACGUAUACUGUUAUGUGGAUCAUUUAGAAGGUGAUGUGUUCCAUGUCACGGGUCCCAACAAACUCACCUUUGAAGAGGCUGAAGAAGAGUGUGCCAACCAGGAUGCCCGACUUGCUACUGUGGGGGAGUUACAUGCUGCCUGGAGAAGUGGAUAUGACAAAUGUGAUUAUGGCUGGCUGUCAGAUGCCAGUGUGCGCCACCCCGUGACUGUGGCCAGGGCCCAGUGUGGAGGUGGCUUACUUGGGGUGAGAACCCUGUAUCGUUUUGAGAACCAGACAGGCUUCCCUUUACCUGAUAGCAAAUUUGAUGCCUACUGCUUUAAACCUAAACAGAACAUAUCAGAGGCUACAACCAUCCAAUUGAAUAUCCCUGUGGAAACUGCACCACCCAAUUUGUCCAAGGAACCACAAAUAAUACCAAUCCAAGCUACACCCAGCAUCCCUUUAAUCACCGAAUUACCUGUCACUCAAUCAAAUAUUCCUCCAAUAGGGGAAAUAGUGAAUAUUGAACAGAAAAUCGCAUUUCUUCCACCUGGAGUGAUUGAGGAGAAGUUUGAAAAGGUCACGACUCAACCUGAGGCUGCCAUAGGCAACUCCACAGCUGGGAGUACAGAAAGGCUGUGGGAUAUGGAAUAUACACCAUCUGCAUCAGGACCACUGGAGAAACCAGAUAUAUCUGAAAUUGAAGAAGGAGUUUCUUUACUGUUACCAACUUCCUCAGGAAAUGGAGUGCUCCAACAGGAAACUGUCACCUCUUAUCAUGCCACUGACUUGUGGGAAAGGAACACAGAAGAUGCUCAAACACAAGAAGUGCUUACCCAAAAGGAAGAAAUUGAGGUGGGGCCCUUGGUAACAUAUGUAGAAGCUUCAGAGCAUCCUCCAGUAAAGGAGUCCUUUACACUCGGGACUCUGGUUGUAUCCACAGAAAUGGGAAAUAAAACGGAAAAAGGGCCAACAAAUGUUGUUAUUUCUGGAUUAGGGCCUACAGAUCACUAUGAAUUCACUCCAAGAGAAGAUGAAGAAGAAACAUAUACUAUUCAACCUGAUCAGAACAUCUUUGCUUUUAGCCAAGUUCCAGAAGUUGUUGCAGUGUCAAAAAUCUCAGAAGAGAGUAACCUCACUCUGAGGGAGCACACUGAUUCUAUAACAACAGUCACAGUAGCCUUACCUGUAACCAUGCCUACCAAGGAAGGUUCCUCCAUAGACAACUGGGAAGAGACACAAACCAAUGGCAAGGUGACUGAAGACUUUUCUGGUCAAUAUGGGUCCACGCCUUCGCCAUCAGAAAAUCACACGGAAGUCAAAUUUUUUGCUUCCUCCCAAGAUGUUACUGCACUACAGGGUUUAGUUGAGGGAACACCCACACUUCUUUAUCCUGAUCAGCAAACAGAAAGCAGAGAAAGGGAACAAACACCUAAGCCAGAAGCAACUACUGAAGAAACAGAGAAAGACAUGACAAAAGAUCCUUUUUAUGGGAGAAUCGAGGAAGAAGAAUUCUCUGGAAUGAAGCCUUCUCUUGAGAAAACCGAUGUCCCCGACUACACUGACGAAAUGAUCAAGUAUUUUGAUGCUUCUGUAGCAACAACAAUCUCAGCAAAGAUAAGUUUAGAGCCAAUAAAAGAAAAAGACAUUGAAGACAAGUUUCUAAGUACACCAGUCAGCUUAGAAACAGAUGGCCCUCCCGAUAUAACAAAGACGGAAGAAAGUACAACCAAAGUUCAUUCCACAAGCAGCACUUUAAGUCUGGAGGUUAUCACAGUAUCCAAAUGGCCACUGGAUGAAGAUAGCAUGACAUCCAAGCCUUUGGCAUCAACGGAACACAUAGGCACUACAGCAUUGCCCACUGCCUUACUUACAACUUCAGGAACAACUGAAAAGCAUUUUGAAACUGGAAGAACUUUUCCUCUUACAACAGAUAUUACCCAAAGACCAAUGGCAGAGUUCACAGAAGAAUCUUGGAAAGACAAAGAGGAAUUCACAGUGAGUUCUCAUUCAACUCCUAAAACAGGCAUUAAAGAAGAAUCAAUUGUUAAAUAUUCUCCCACGGAGGGAGUUGUCGAUACAACCAUGGAAGGGAGUGCUAUUGAUGAAGGGCUAGAUUUGGACACACCAAAAUCAGUAACUACUGUCCAUCAAUUUGCACAAACUGUAUAUGGGGAAGGACUAGAGUUUGUUAAUUAUAGUAGCAGCACCCAGGAGCCUCCUGCUCAUGUAGAAGCUGCACAAACAGUGUCUUUAAUUCCUUCUGUUUCAUCAGAAGGUAAAGCCACCCACGAUGUGCACUUGAUUGACCAGACCCCUUUUGAAGCAACUCACUCUCUAGAGACCACUCAAACAAUAAGCAAAAGUACACAAGUAACUCCCAUUGAGCUCCCUGUUUCUGAGAAAGAACAACCUACUGAACAUCCAGUGUUUGCCACUGGCUCUGUGGCCACCCCUUCCUUGGAGGUACUGGUAACUCCACAAGCAAAGGACACUGAUGAGCAUGACUUUGAUGGAUCAGCAUAUCCAACCUCUGAAGAUGGGUUGGUGACAGAUUCUGAGCAAGUUCCAGUCUUUAAAAUUACCGUUGGAACAACAGAGCAUAGUACAUCUCACCCACGUUAUGUUUCUGUGACUGAGCACCAAGUGAAGACUGAAGUGGAAACAGUGACCCUCGGCACUACGCUGGAAGGGCACUUAAGUCCCGGACCUGAACAAGAAUCUGAAAGAAGGGCUAGCAGUCCUUCCACUUGGGAAUCCAGAUCACCUUCUAGCCCAUUCACUACAGAAGGUGUACCUCGGAGAACAGAAGAAACAACUUCUGGGAAAAAAGAGGAAACCUCCCAAGAUUAUACAGAGGUUGGCUCAGGAUUAUUAGAAGAGCCCAAAGGCACUGAAACAGUUGUGCUCACUGCAGUUGCAACAGUGAAAACCACCAUGCCAAGUGAUGUAACUACUCUCUUUAGUUCAUUAGACAGAAUUCAUUCCACUUCAACUUCUAAGUCCUUUGUCACUAAAGAGAAACCACUGAUAAUUGAUAGGGAACCUGGUGAGGAAACAACCAGUGACAUGGUAAUAAUUGGUGAAUCGACAUAUCAUGUUACACCCACUCCUCCUGAUGAUGUGGUAACUAAAGAAUUAGAAACAGAUAUUGAUAGAGAAUAUUUUACAACCUCAAGUGCCUCUUCCAUUGCACAGACAACAAGACAGCCCACAGCUGAGGAAGGCAAAGAUGCAUUAGGAUCUCAGGAAGUUUCUACUUCAGAGCCUCAGGCAAGGGAAACAAUCCGCCCUGAUAUAAAUGUAUAUAUUAUUACAGUCACAGGCAACGAGACAGGUCGAAUGAGUGAUUUGAGUAUAAUUGGUCAUCCAAUAGAUUCAAACUCAAAAGAAGAUGAACCUUGCAGUGAAGAAACUGAUGAUCAGUCUGACUUUCUUACACUUUUACCUGAAAUCAUUGAACUAGAACCCUAUUUUGUAGACGAAGAAGAUGAUGACUGUGACAAUUCUACUGAGGUGACAACAACUGAGGUGACCACGACCCCAUCUGUGAAGUAUAUAAAUGGAAAACAUCUUGUCACUACUGUUCCCAAAGACCCAGAAACUGCAGAAGCCAGGAGGGGACAGUUUGAAAGCGUUGCACCCUCUCCAAAUUUUUCUCAUGGCAGUGAAACUAACCAUUUUGAAUUGUCUGAAAUGGAGUCUUCUACUGUAUUGCAACCAAGUGAAUCCAAAGAAACUCUUGAGUCUUUUGAAAUUACAUGGAAGCCAGACACAUAUCCUGAAACCCCAGAACCUUUUUCAGGUGGUGAGUCAGAUGUUUUUCCUACUGACCCACAGAGUGGGGCAACUGCUUUACGUAGGAGAGGGUCAUUGGAAGUGACUGAGUCAGUGUUGCAGAAUGGUCUUGAACUUCUCAACCAUUCACAUGAAAACAAUGAAACAACACCUUCAUUUCCUGAAGAGUCUUCAGGGGAUGCUCUUGUUCACCAGGAGAUUCAGGGAGCAGACUUUGCAGGGACUACAGAAGUGGCUUUAAAAGAAGUGGUUGAACAUGAUUCUAUGGUCACAUCUGCUCCAAUGACUGUUCCUGAUUCAGUACCAGUAGACAUCUUACCAGAAGAGAGAUCAUCUGUUCUUACAGGACAUCAGCAGGCUGACCCAAUCUCCACAGCAGAAAGCUGGGAAGACACAAGCUCUGGGUACACUGUUGAGUUUUUAGGAAAUCGUCCUUUUGGUUCCAUUCCAGAAGGUUCUGGAUUUGUAGAAGAAGAUAGUAAUAAAACUUCCACAGUGGUCAGCCUAUUACAGCAUACACCCACAGCUGAGAUGCCAUUAAAAAGUGUUCCCUUAGAUGCCAGUAAGGCCAUUCCCACAGAAAGUAUUUUUGGUGUUUCUACAAGUGCCAAUUAUCCAGUUUGGGAAGAAAGUUCUGUAGAAAUACUGACUACCAAAUUUGAAAGUCAAACUCAGGUUCCCAAAUCAACAUCAGCAUCGUCAACAAACAGCAUUAGCACAUCUGCUGAUGACAAGAAUCUAGAUGGUGAAAGGGAGAGCACAAUUGUUCUGGCUACAUCUGCGGAAGAAUCAUCCACACAGCCCACAGGGGAGCAGUUAAUUUUCACUUCUGAAUCAAGCAAUCCUGAUGAAUCUAAGUCUACAAAUCCUGAUUCUACUACCAUUGAAAACAGAUCCACAGAGUUCGAGAGGGAUGUAGUUAAAUCUGACCCUAUGCCCACAGAAUCCCUGUUCUCAAAGAAGUCUGAGGAAGAAUAUAAAGAUAAGAGUAGCACCAUUCAAAACAAAGUUCCAGAAAGUUCUACUCCCGUGGGAGUUAGCUCUGGUGCCUUCUUUCUUGAGGAAGGUUCUGGAGAAAUUGGUUCUGCCAUGGAACCUACAACUGAACCUUUAUUUUCAUUAAUUUUGAAGGUGACAAAAGGUAAUGAAGUACAAACUGAAUAUGAAGCAAAGGCAAUGCCUGGCACUCUACCAUCCCAUGUAGCACAUGCUGUGACUUUUGAGCCAACGGAUUCAUUUCCAAAUUCUGUCACAGAUGUAUCAGAUGUUGGAACUGUAAGUCAAGUGGCCAGGGGAAAUUUAAGCACAGAGAAGUCACAAGAACCAAAUUUUGGCACAGAAGUAAGUGACAUCCCCACAGACUUUCCUUUAAAAGAAGUUGUGACUCCUGAAUCUAGAAACUAUUCAAUGGCAACUCAUCUUAUAACUGAAGAGGAAACAACUGUAGUAGAGGGUUCUGGGGAAAAAACGUUCAUGGAGUCUGAAAUAAUAAUACCUUUUGCGACAACUACUUUAGCUAGCUUACAGUCAGGAACUGAUUCUGAAGGGCCUGGGAGCACAAUGUUUAGCUUUCCAGCCCACCUUCCAGGAAAAUUCCCAUUUAUGAAUGAGGGCUCAGGAGAAGAACCAACUAAAACGAACAGUUCUAUUGACCACAUACCUUCAAGUACCACAGAAAAAGCUUUCAGUACUGAUUUCCCAUUUGCUUACUCAGGUUCUGGAGAUGUGGACUUUAUCACCCAAUCUGAAGUAGGACAUAGUCCCUUCCCACAGUUAGUUCCUGAAGGUACUGAAGCACCAGUAAGGAAAGCUGAAGAAGAGGUUAACAGUACAGUCUCUAUGACUUAUUCUCUCACUGUGCCACCUGUCAAUUUAGCAGUAAGUGCCGGGCAUGAAGUCAACACAGGUGGAUUAGGAAUUGAAAGUAAAGUAUCCAUAGAAGAAAAGAUGGCAGGACAAAAACCUUUUGAAUCAGAAAAAAGCACCAUUGCAACAAGAGUAAUUUCUGAUACAGAACUAUUUGCUGAAAGUGAACCAAAAACCACAGACUACUCCAUUAUAAAAACCAAGGAGACUUUUAUUGGAAGCAAGGAACCAAGGCCCACAGAACGAGACAUUUCUUUUGUUAGCACAAUUAUUCCAGAUUUAGAAGAGAAGGCUUCGGGUAUCUUUGUUCCUCUUCCAGAGGCUACCAAAGAAUCACCCUCUUCCUUUGAUGGUAUCCCAGUGACUGAAUCCCAAAUAUCUGAAGAUGCAAGUACAGAGCAAGUAAUCAAAGAGGAAGAAAAUACAGAACAAAGUAUUUUCCUCGCUGAAAAUGAUCAUAUAAAAAACAACAGUGACGAAGGUCCAAGGCCAACUGUUCAAGAGUUCCAUACUGAGGCAGUAUUUUCUGGAGAGGGGUCAGGGGAUGAAGUUUUUCCUAGUCAGUCUACACUUCCAUUCAGUUUCAGUGGAACAGAAGAAAACACCAGUAUUUUAACUCCUGACACACAUCAGCGUGAAAGUUCAGAACCAAGUUUAGAACCUGAAAAAACUGAAGAGCAUGAAAAAGAGCUCAGUGGAACACAUGAAGAAGUUAGAUAUCAUGGUUCUCAAAUAGAUAAUGCCUCAGAAAUAAGUCAUACAGUACCCAAUACAUUAUUAUUUGAAAGUUCUAGGGAAAAUGGUGAUGAAGAACCUAUCUUGUCACCAGUCACUCACUCCUUACAAAUGGAAGAUUCUGAAAACCAGUCUUUUGGUGGGGUAGAAGAAACUCAGACCCCUAAGCAACAAACCAUCACUGAAAAAUUAUCUCAAGAGAAUUCUUCCCAGUCAGAAACUAGAGGAGUAACUUCUUCUACUAUACUUUUCACUAAACCUUCUAGUCUUGAAACUGCUAAAGUAUUUGGAACUUCAGCACCCCAGAUUCCUGAUCAGUCUUAUGAAAAUUCUGGGGAAGGAUCUGGGUGGUUAUAUGGGGAAGACUCAGUUCAUGCUAGCAAGAUCACUCAGACAACAGUAGCAGUCCCCACAGUGCUUCCAAAUAGCCAUGAGGGAGCAUAUUCUGAAUUUCCAAGUAUAGAAGCUUUGGCUACAAAUGAAUUGCCAACAAGGGCAUUACCAGCUAAUACAGAGCAAAAUAAAAGUUCCCAAAACUUACCUGUCACCCAGCCUAAUCUAAUGACAUUUGAGAGUUCCACAAUCCACUCCCCAGAUGGUUCCAAGGAGUUUGAAGACAUCACAUUGACACCUGAAACAAGAAAAUUUACAGAAAACAUUAUUUUAGAUCUUGACAAAGAAGACAGUGAUUUAAUAUUACCCACUACCAAGAGCACAACUUUUGAAGUAUUACCUGAAAUUACAUCUGAUAAAAACACUAUCAUAGAUAUAGAUCACACUAAAACAAUGUAUGAAGACAUAUUAAGAAUACAAACAGAAACCGAUCCGGAGCUACAAUCAGUCCCACAUAGCAGUAAUGAAGAAAAUGUGCAAGUUGAAGAGAAAGAAGAUGUGGCUUUUAAUCUUUCUUUUACUGAAGAAAAAACAGAGGGAUCAGGUGAUAAUCUUUGGGCUGGCCCCACUCAGGCAAUAAGCAAUGAAUCAGCAGCUUCUGAAGAUGGAAUCAGAUUAAGUCAGAACUAUGUCUCAAAGAACGGCAUACACCUCACAACUGGAAUCCCCAUUUCUAGCAUGACAGCUGAAUUAGGUGUUUUACUCCCCACAGCAUCAUCUUUGGCCAUUCCUAGUACGUCUCCUACAACCAGUCAAGACAUAAAAGGACCGCAAUUUGAAGCAAAAUAUGUUGCUACUGAAAGUACCCUGGAUGAUCUCUUUGAAUCAAGCACAUUGUCAGAUGGACAACCAAUUGCUGAUCAAAGUGAAGAAAUCUCCACUUUGAGUUAUUUGGAAGGGACACAGUCUGAGGAUUAUGGGAAGAAAUUCAUGAAUCCUUCUUUCAAGCCAGAGUUAUCUUCUGGGGCAGAAGAGGAAUUGUUCAAUGACACAGUAGAUGGAAAUAUUGCUACCAUCAAAUUUAUUUCUCAGAGUUUGACUGAAACUCCCAAGGUGAUUGAAGGAUCAAAUCCCCCAGAGUACCUUGAAACAACAUCAGAUUCAGCAUCUGGAGCAACUGUCCACUUAGUUAAUAGUGCAUCUGAAUACCCUAAAGUAAUUGUCCCAAGUUCUGCCUCAACUACAGAUUCAGAUGCAUACCGAAUUUCACCUGAGCAGACAUUUAAAGAAGUUAAUUCAAUUGCUGAAGCAACUUUCAAGCCACCAGUUGAAGUAUCAUCUCACAGAAUUGAUUUUCCGUUUUUGACUUCCCCUGCUACUGGGUUAACAGUAGAGGAGACAGAAACAUCUGCCACAGAGGUUUUAAUUGCUGAGGAAGAAACUAAGGCUCCUGAAUAUUCCCAAAUCUUUACUGAUCCGAUAUUUUCUGGAGAAACAACUAACACACCUCCAGGUAUUAACUUACCCAAAGGUGGGACAUCUUUAGAAGCUACAGGUGAAAGUAAUUUAGAAGAUGCUUUGCAGGGAGUGCUUUCUGUUCCCACUCCUGCCAGCAAUGGUUUUGUGGGAGGUGUACUAGUUCAAUCUGGCCCACAGGCCACUGAAAACCCAACUACACCCUUCGCUUCCAUAGAAAUAAACACUGAAACCCAAUCAGUUGACAAUGGAGUAGCAAACAACCAAAUACCUGUGAGAACUCCUGAUUCUGAUGAUCAGGCAAUGAUAAGCACUGAGGAAUUAAAUACUGAGCAUAUAACUUCAUCAUUUCUCCUUCCGGAAACUUCUAAUGGAACGGAUUUCCUGAUUGGCACUAAUGAAGAUUCAGUGGAAGGCACAGCCGUAUAUUUAUCAGGGCGUGAUCUCUGCAAAACUAACCCAUGCCUUAAUGGAGGCACUUGUUAUACCAGAGAUACUACUUAUGUAUGCACCUGUGUACCAGGAUACAGUGGUGACCAGUGUGAAUUUGAUUUUGAUGAGUGCCAGUCCAAUCCCUGCCGGAACGGAGCCACCUGUGUUGAUGGUUUCAAUACAUUCACAUGUCUCUGCCUUCCAAGCUAUGUUGGUGCUCUUUGUGAACAAGACACAGAGACGUGUGAUUAUGGCUGGCACAAAUUCCAAGGUCAGUGCUACAAAUAUUUUGCCCAUCGUCGAACAUGGGAUGCUGCCGAAAGGGAGUGUCGACUGCAGGGUGCCCAUCUGACCAGUAUCCUGUCCCAUGAAGAACAGCUAUUUGUGAAUCGUGUGGGCCAUGAUUAUCAGUGGAUAGGCCUCAACGAUAAGAUGUUUGAGCAUGACUUCCGUUGGACAGAUGGCAGCACACUGCAAUAUGAGAAUUGGAGGCCAAAUCAGCCAGACAGCUUUUUUUCUUCUGGAGAAGACUGUGUAGUAAUAAUUUGGCAUGAGAAUGGUCAGUGGAAUGAUGUCCCGUGCAAUUACCAUCUCACUUAUACAUGCAAGAAAGGAACAGUUGCUUGCGGCCAACCCCCUGUUGUAGAAAAUGCCAAGACCUUUGGAAAGAUGAAACCUCGUUAUGAAAUCAACUCUCUGAUUAGAUACCACUGCAAAGAUGGUUUCAUUCAACGCCACCUUCCAACUAUCCGGUGUCUAGGAAAUGGAAGAUGGGCUUUGCCUAAAAUUACCUGCCAGAACCCAUCCACAUACCAAAGGACUUAUUCUAAGAAACAUUUAAAAAAUUCCUCAUCAACCAAGGACAAUUCGAUAAAUUCACCGAAACACUAUCAUCGCUGGAGCAGGAGGUGGCAGGACUCAAGGCGCUGAUCCCUCAAAUGGUGAACAUGGAUUUUCAUCAUUUCAGCCAAAGUCCUAACUUACUGUGCCUUUCCUAUCACUUUUAGAAGUAUUAUCAGAUUGUUCUGAAAUUUUGGAUCAGCAUCCAGUAACUUUGGGCCAUGGUGCUCACAAAACAUUUCAAAUGAAAGUAUUGGAAUUUAACAGGAAAGUUUGAAAAAAGGGAAAAAAGAAAAAUGAGGUAAGGAAAAAAAAAGCUAUUUCCAGCCUAUUCAAUUUCUUUAGUUUUCUAUAUGCCUCCAGUGGGGACCAUUUUAUAAUGUAUACCAGCCUACUGUACUAUUUAAACAGCUCAAUUUCAGCACCAAUGACAAUGUAAAUAAGAUGAUUUAAUGUUGUUUUUAAUCUUGUAUAUAAAAUGAAAAGUCACACUAAGUUCAGGCAUAUUUAAUGAUGAUUAUAUGGCCUCAGAGGUCUUUAAUCAUUGACUCAGCUGCUUUUAUGUAGUUUGUUUAGGCUGGAAAUGGUUUCAAUUACUCUGUAUAUGUCAACAAGCCUGAGAAUGGCUCUUACUGGACACAGCUAAGCAAGCCUGUAGGACGCUGCACCACUCUCUGCCAUGGGUGCAGCCUGCUUCCCUAUGAAGCUAGGGACAGUAGCACGUGAAGAGGAAUCAAGGCUCAACUAGGGACUGCAACAUGGAACAUUUUUGGACUGCAACAUGGAACAUUUUUGGACUGCAUUCUAUCUUCAUUACUCAACAAGAAAGGAUUACAGAAAGGACUUUCCUAUGGCCAAGAGCAUCUUUAGGGGUCAAAGUGCUAAUUAUUAACUCAACCAGGUUCACUUUCUAAUGGUUUUCACAACGCUAACUAGUUUUCAGUUACCGAUUUCUGCAUUUCAAAUGGAUAUAGACCUGAGGCUUUUUUUUUUUAAGGUUAAAAACGAUAGCAACAACAACAGCAACAAUGAUACACACACAGAGAAAAUAAUUUUGUAUAUAUAACCAUUUUUAAUCUUUUAUAAAGUUAUGAAUGUUUAUGUAUGAAUGCUGCAGCUGUGACACAUACAUAAAUAAAUGAAGUAAGCCAUACGGAUUUAAUUUAUUGGAUGUUAUUUUCCCCCAUGAUCAGAAAAUUGACCUAGUUUAGUGGUUACUUUUCAGUGUUAGUCCCCACAUUUUCCCUCAUCCUGUUUGGUUCCGUGUAAUGUACGUGCUUUGUCCCUGACAAAAUAAUGUGACAAAUAAAGUGCAUCAUUUGUUUAUUAUGAAAAGAGUGAAAAAUGUGUAUAGCUUACAGAAGAUGGUAUUGUCCCAGUCUAGGCAAGAAGAGUAUACUCGGAAAUAGCAUAGGCAAUUCUUCAUGUUAGAUGGAGUCAGCAUAGGACUCCCUACCUUAUCCUUCCCCUUUCAGUCCACUCCCUUUAAUCUGGGUAGUUAACUGCUGAAGGUGACUUAGAAACAUCACCCACUAAAUGUAACCUUUAAAAAAAAUCACCCUGUAAUGUAAAGAAGGCAAUGGGAUCUUCCGCUCCUUUAGGGUACAAAGACUGUGAGAAGAAUAGAGAACAAAUGCAAAGUUGAAGUAGGACAGUAAUUCAAACAGAUGACCUCUCAUUCAUGUACACCUGCCAUGGCUUACAAGAAGGUACAGUGGCUACAAUGAUACAUCGUCUUUAAGGAACUCCCACUGGCUGCUGCAGUCAAUGUAAUCACACCUUUGGGUGUUCUAGAAGGCAAUACGACCAGUGUUGACCUGUAUGUUUUCUUUUCUCUUCCAUUACAAUGCACAUAAUACUUUCCUAUAUUUAUAUUAUAACUUGUAUAGUGUAUAAUGUGAAUGUCUGGUUUUUUUUUGUGAAUGAAAAUCUAAAAUCUUUGUAACUUUUAUAUCUACUUUUGUUUCACCAAAGAAACCUAAAAAUCUUGUUUUGCUAUA